GCUGUCGAUGAGCGAAUAGGACUUCUAUACGCGUUUCAUUGGUUCCUAUUUGCCAUUCUUCGCCCUCCUUGUCGCUCCCAGGGAGCUCGAGCUGAUCCCUCGGCGUCCUUCGUGGAUCUCGAGGAACGCGAGCUCAUCUUUCGGCGUUCCCGGGAAAUCUGAUGAGAACCGCUGGAGUGGGCGCUUAGAAUCUCGCUCGAACAUUUCGUUCCAUUCAUUCUUCUCGAAGCAGCAUUCGAGCUCUGCACGCUCGACCAGCACGUUGGUGAGUUCACAUCAUGAAUCAAUCGAAGCCAUUGUCAGAGUUGCUGAAGAGCAAGGACGACUCGGAACCGAAGAAGCAAUCUCGUGAAGAGUGGCGACAGCAAAGAGAGCUCGAGGAGGCAAGAAAGCUCGGAAAUGCUCCUGCUGCGGUUGACGAAACCGGAAAAGAUAUCAAUCCACACAUUCCACAAUACAUCUCGACAGUACCAUGGUACGUGGGAAGCAGCGGUCCCACUCUCAAACAUCAGAGACCUCAGCCGGAGAAGCAGGCGAGUUUCUCCUCUAUCCACGAGAGUUACAUCAGAGGAACUUCUACCGCUAGAGCCACCAAAUGGAGAGAAGGAGCAUGUGAGAAUUGCGGGGCGAUGGGCCACAAAAGGAAAGAUUGCUUCGAACUCCCGCGAAGAAUCCCAGCAAAAUUAUCGAACAAAAACAUCGCCUUCGAUGAUGUGGUGCAGCCCUCACUAAACAUGAACUUCGACGGAAAGCGAGACAGAUGGAACGGGUAUGACCCGUCACACUUCAAAGAGGUUGUGGAUGAGUAUCGCCGUGUGGAAGAGGCCAAAAGACUCUUGAAAGAACAGAAAUUGAAAGAAGAGAACGACGUCGGAGCAGGAACCUCGGAGCCCUCAGCCAACAACGAAGACUCCGACGAUGAGGACAAAUACGCGGACAAGAUCGACAUGCCAGGCACGAAAGUCGACUCCAAGCAGCGGAUAACAGUGAGGAAUCUCCGAAUACGAGAAGACACGGCGAAAUAUCUUCGCAACCUCGAUCCUGAUUCAGCUCACUACGAUCCUAAAACUCGAUCGAUGAGGGACAACCCGUACAAGAACACUGGGAAAACGUCGGAUGAAGUGUCUUUCGCCGGAGAGAAUUUCGUGCGUUUCAGUGGUGACACAAAAGAGCUGCUCCAGGCGCAAACUUUCGCCUGGGAAGCCGAUAAGAGCGGGGUCAAUAUCCAUCUUCUCGCUGAACCUACCAAGGCGUCGAUGCUAACCAAGGAGUUCAAAGAGAAAAAGGAGCAAGUUCAACAAACCAUCAAGACGUCAAUUCUGGACAAGUAUGGCGGCGAAGAGCAUCUCAAAGCACCUCCGAAGGAAUUAAUUUUCGCUCAGAGUGAACACUACGUCGAAUACUCCCGGACGGGCCAGAUAAUCAAAGGAGCUGAGCGGAAAAUCAUUCGCUCCAAAUACGAAGAGGAUGUUUUCAUCAACAAUCACACGACCGUUUGGGGCUCCUAUUGGGACAAUUUCAAAUGGGGAUACAAAUGCUGUCAUUCGACCGUUAAGAACAGCUAUUGCACUGGAAGCACGGGCAAGCUCGUUCGCGACAGCGGCUCGGCCCUCAUCAAGCGACCGGAUCGAGACAGCGACAGCCAGCCCAGUCAAGAUUCUGUCUACGAUGACGCAUCAGAAAGGCGAGAACCCGUUGCGGAGUCCUCGCAGGAGCCGACCACCUCCGCAGAUGUUCGGGAAUCCGUUGCGAAAUUGGCUUCGGACGAAGAAGACAAAGAAACUCUUACACAUUCACACACAGCGAUCUCAACGAGUACCCGGAAUUCUAGGAAAGCGAGGCGCAAGGAGAAGAAGCGCAGAAACAAGAAGCACAAGCGCGAGAAGGACACGAAAGAAAAGAAGAUCGUUAAAGCCAUGCGCCAGUUCGACGAAGACCAGAAGCAGGAAACCGAUGAGCGCAAGCGAAAUUACAACUCCAUGUACGAUGGUAAAGCGCCAACGGAAGAAGAGAUGGAAGCCUAUUAUCGUAAGAGGAGUCGUCCAGAUGACCCAAUGGCAGCGUUCUUGGCUCCCGCCCGGGGAGCCGAUAAGAGCGGGGUUAAUAUCCAUCUCCGUGCUGAACCUACCAAGGCGUCCAUGCUAACCAAGGAGUUCGAAGAGAAGAAGGAUCAAGUUCGACACACCAUCAAGACAUCCAUUCUGGUCAAGUAUGGCGAACCAGUCGCGAAGUCCUCGGAGGAGCCGACCACCUCCGCAGAUGUUCGGGAAUCCGUUGCGAAAUCGGCUUCGGACGAAGAAGACAAAGAAAGUGAGAGCAGCGGAGAGUCGGGGGACAGCGAUUCGGACUCGGAAGAAAAGAGACGGUGGAAGAAGCGUCGAGAGGAGAAGGAAGCGAGGCGGAAUGAGAAGAAGCGCAGGAACAAGGAGCACAAGCGCGAGAAGGACACGAAAGAAAAGAAGAUCGCCAAAGCCAUGCGCCAGUUCGACGAAGACCAGAAGCAGGAAACUGAUGAGCGCAAGCGAAAUUACAACUCCAUGUACGAUGCUAAAGCGCCAGAAGAAGAGAUGGAAGCCUAUUGUCCUGAGAGGAGUCGUCCAGGUGAUCCAAUGGCAGCUUUCUUGGGCUCGAAAUAG